GUCACACGCCUGCAUAUGUCACAUGUAUGUGUAUCUCACACGCCUGCAUACACCACAGGUAUGUCACAUACAUCUGCAUAUAUCACUUGUAUGUGUCUCACACGCCUGCAUGUAUCACAUGUAUGUCUCACACACGCCUGCAUACACAUGUAUGUCUCACACCUGCAUAUGUCACAUGUAUGUCACACACAUCUGCGUACACAUGUAUGUCUCACACACAUCUGCACAUAUCACUUGUGUGUCUCACACGCCUGCAUAUAUCACAUGUAUGUCUCACACAUGCCUGCAUACACAUAUAUGCCUCACACACCUGCAUCUAUCAUGUGUGUGUCUCACACACCUGCAUAUAUCGCAUGUAUGGGUAUCACACACAUGCCUGCAUAUAUCACAUGUAUAUCUCACACAUGCACCUACAUACACAUGUAUGUCUCACACACGCCUGCAUAUAUCACAUGUAUGUGUGUGUCACACACACGCCUGCAUACAUACAGGCACAUGGACACCUGUGUGCACACCAGUCCCUCCCUUCCCCGUCACCAUCAGGUUCAGCCGGGCCUGUGGUCACUGCUUCCCCGAGGCAGCUGCAGUGGGGCCCCGGCUCCCCCUACACGGUGCGUCUGAUCAGGUUGGGACUCGCUCAGGUAGCUCUCAUCACAAGGUCCUUGUGCACUGUUGCGGCUGCUCUUGGUGGCCCUUCUAGAGCCUUCCUGAGCCAGAGCAGACUCCCGCUCCCCCCAGGCCCCUUGGGAGUCGAUUCUGUCCCCUCCUUCCUGGCCGCAGAGCAGGUCGGUGCAGCUGCUUUCCUGCCUGGAAGAGUAAAGUGGACCCUGUGUGAAAACAUUGACGACGUGGCAAAUGAGCAGCUCACCAAAUUGAUCAAUACGAAUGAUCACGCCCCAUGUGCGUCUCCUCAGCAGCCACAAGAGAGACGAGGUCACUGGAGGAUAAACAUCCGUGACUGCGCCUCCUGAUCCAUCAUGCACGACGGCCGCAGUGUCCCCUGCCAGCUGCCGGCACAGCCAAGAGCACGGGAUGGACGACCGCGAUGGCAACGUGGGGCUCAUCUGCCUCUCUCUGAGCAGGAAGCCCGCAGGUCCCCACAGGCCGGUGCACGGAAGGGGUGGGUCCUGGGUCCAACAGGCACCCCCUGAGCACCAGCCCCUCUGAGGGUGGGCGGAGGGCGCUGCCGCAGGUCCCCACAUACCCAGCGCAUGCUCACCCCACACUGGAGGCACCUGCCAGGUUCUGACACCCCUUGAGGUGCCUUCCUGGGGUUCUCACACCCACUGAAGGCAGUGCGUUCAGCCUGCUUUGCACAUGAGCCGCUGAGGCAGGUGAGUUGAGGGCGAGGGUGUGAAUCACGAGCUUGGGGCCAAAGCCCAAGGUCGUCCCCUCUGGCCGGCAAGCUCAGGCUCACACGGGGAGCCACCAGGCUGGACUGGGUGCAGCUUACGGACGUGGCGCGUGCUGUGGGCGUUGGGCCGCGGCUCCUCCAUGCAGUACUUACACUGCUGUCUGCAGAUCGCACCCAAUCAGGAGGGAAUGGUCCAGGCAGGUGGGCAAGGCCACGACUUGGCCAGGUAAGGCUGGGAGGGCCCAGGAUGAUUGUGCAUUGAGCCAGGCAGAUCUGGAGAGGCGGAGGGAUGGGGAGGGAGCGCCAUGCAGAGGCCGCUCGGUCCUCAGGAGCUGAGCCUCACCCUGGGAGUCUCAAGGAGGGUGUCCCCUGGCCUUAGAGGGCAGCCAGGGCCAGCAUGUGGUCUGUGGCAGCCGGUCUCAGAGGUGGCCUGGUUCGCAGUCUUGCUGGAUGGAGAUCCCCAGCUCCUAGGGCAAGGGCAGGUGGGGUGGGGCCGCCUCGGUCAGCUGAUAGGAACUGAGCUGAGAAGGCUGCGAGCCGCUGAGUCGCCCUAACGGCAGGGUGGUCCUGUGGGCAGUACUGAGCCCGCCCUGCUGGGCACCCCACAGCCCCUGUGGCUCUCCAGCUGCCACUGAGGCCGGACGCCCCAUGAGGAGGCUCCCAUCUGUGGGUGGCAGAAUGACGGCCCCGAAGACCCCCGCUUCCUCACCCGAAGACCCCCCACUUCCUCACCUGAAGACCCCCUGCUUCCUCUCCCGAAGACCCCCGCUUCCUCACCCUGGGACCUGUGAGUUCACACAGCAGCGGGGACCUGCGACUGUGGACGGCGCAUCAGCUCCCUCAACAGGGAGGCUGCCCUGGGUGACCCGCGAGGACACAGGGUACCUCCGUCCUGCUGAGUGGAAGAGGGAGGCCGUGGUGGAGGCAGGCGUGAGGGGGACUGGCCCGCCACUGCUGGCUUCUUAGGCCACUGCGGGAAGCCUAAGAGGAAGGGAGGGGCCAUCGCGGGGCUCUCCCUGAAACCGGCCCCGGGUGCCUCGGUCCCUGCGUCAGUGCGGGGUUUCGGUGGCCGCCCUGCUGGCUCCGGGCACUCCCUCCGCCUUCCUGCCACGCGGCUGGUCCUUCCUGGGCUGGGCUGAGGCACCCUCCAUGCCCACCCGUCAUACCCGGCAAGAGCUGGGGGCGUGAAGCCAGGCCCAGGUGGGCUGUGGCGGCAUCCAGGUGGAAGGACGUGGAGGACUCGGAGGAGGAGGGGUGUCCAGGGCAGGGCAGGGCCGGUUGCCUGGGGCCAUCUGCUGUGUCCAGGAACCCGGCGCUGCCACUGGCCUUGCCCCAAGGCCCAGCUCUGCCCUUCAUCCCCUCAGCACCUCCCCGUACCUUCCUUCCAUGGGUCUUAAGCUGUGGCAAGUCCUUAAGCUGGGACGGCCAGCGCCAGCCCUGCCCCCAACAGGUCACUCGGCCGCUCGGGGCCCAUGUCCUCGUCGGUGACACAGGAAAAUGGUGCAGUUGUGCAAGGGUAUGAGAGGGUCCCAUGGAAGGCACGUUCCAGAAGGUUCCGUCCCAUGGAAGGCACGUCCGGGAAGGUUCCACCCCGUGGAAGGCACGUUCCGGAAGGUUCCAUCCCAUGGAAGCCACGUUCCGGAAGUUUCCAUGCUGUGGUCACUCUGUGCGGUGUGCACUGACCCCAGCCAAUGGACGUUCCCCGUCCAAGAGCAAAGCUACAGUCGGCUGCAGGUGCAGCCUCUUUUGCACAGUGGAAGAAUUUCUCCAGAAGAUAUUCCUGCAGGUGGAAUCACUGGAUCGUAGGCCCAGAUGUCUUCCACUUACUUGAUUUUGCCUGAUGCCUUCCAAGGAGGCUGUGCACAGCAGGUGUGAGAUGCCCCAUCUCACCAACCGGCCAACAUCCCGAUGGGAGAUGUUGAGUUUUCACCACCGUGCUGAGUGUGACGUGGAAUCUUCUUAUUUUAGCUUGCAUUUCCCUGAUUACAAGUUAGGUGGAACAUCUUGAAUAUGUUUCUGGGCCAUUUGAUUUUCCUGCAAGUCACCUGUUCCAGUUCUUUGCCCAUUUCCUGUUGGGCUGGUCAAUAUUUUUUGCGAUUAUAUGUUGGAUACGUGGCUGGCCUUUGGCUUGCCUUUGACUUCAUUUGUUCUAUCGAAGCACGUGCAGAAUUGUUAAAUUUUAAUGUAUUCAAAUGCAUUAAUCUCUUCUUUCUUUUUUUUUGUUUUAUUUUUUGUUUUUUUGUUUUUUUGAGACAGAGUCUUGCUCUGUCGCCCAGGCUGGAGUACAGUGACACGAUCUCGGCUCACUGCAACCUCUGCCUCCCCACUUCAAGCAAUCCUCCUGCCUCAGCUUCCUGAGAAGCUGGGACCACAGGCAUGUGCCAUCAUGUCCGGCUAAUUUUCUUUUUAAAAUGUUGUAGCAAUGGAGCCUGGGCUCAAGCCAUCCUCCCACCUCAGCCUGCCAAGUAGCUGGGACCACAGACAUGUGCCACUGCCGCGCCCAGCUAGCCUUUAAUAUUUUUAAGUGCUGUAAGAUCUGCAGGUUUUUUUCCAACCAAGUUUAUAGCUUUUCACCCCACGGAUCCCCCGAGGCCAUGACAGGCAGUGACCUCCUUGGGGCACCCGCAGAGUCCUCCCCCCCAUCUUGGGAGGGCUUGUCCAGUUUCAGUUUUGUUUGUUUACUAGGCUUUGUUUUACAGUCACUAGUUAAAUUUACUAACAUUUUUCAACUUCUUGUCUCAAGGGACUUCAUUUUAAUAAACAAUAUCUUUUUUCUUUUC